AUGACCGCGGGUGGGGAGGUGGCGUUGGCGGUGUCCCUCGACAUCGCCAACGCCUUCAACAGCGUAUCGUGGGACCAGGUAGUGGGGGCAAUGAGAGAACACCACCUCUUGCCCCCCUACCUGGUCGCCGUUGUAAAGAACUACUUCCGGGACAGGCAGCUGGAGUUCCACGAUAAACGGGGACUCCAGCAGUGGAGGGACACGUCGUGCGGCGUUCCACAGAGCCCUAUCCUCCGGCUGCCACGUCAUCUGCUAUGCAGACGACACGCUGGUGAUAACCGAGGGCACGACCUGGAAAGAGCCGUGUGUGCGGCGAACGUCGCAGUGGCGUGCGUGGUCGGCUCCAUAAGGGAGCUGGGCCUGAGGGUGGCCUCCGCAAAAACGGAAGGUUUCAUCGAACAUUUCGACAGACUAGCCCCGCGAUUCGGCAGCCGGGCAGAUGCUCUGCUCAGCCUCAUGCCCAACCUUCGCGGUCCGAAUGAGUCGGUCAAGCGGACGUAUAUGCACGCCGUGCUGUCCGGGGCCUUUUACGGGGCCCCGGUAUGGAGCGAGAGGGUCCUGGCCAACCGCCGUAUACAAGAGAGGUUGCACAACGUGCAACGGCAGCUGGCCCUUAGGAUCUGUAGGGCCUAUAGGUGUCGUAUGUGGUCCUCGCGAGGAUCCCCUCUGCCGAGUACAUGGCCGACGCCCUGGCGGAGACCUACGCCAGGAGAGUGGCGUGCUACUCUCGAGAAUGGCCCGCCGACAACGGGCAACUGGACCGUGGAGGCCAUCCUUCCCUGCCUAGAGAAAUGGGUAGGCAAAGGAUGGGGCGGACUAUCGUUCCACACGACGCAGGUGGUCCUCACCGGACACGGAUGUUUCGGGGAGUACCUGCGUCGCAUAGGUAACAAGCUGACCGCGCGCUGUCGCCACUGCGAUGGGGACCGGGACACCGCGCAACAUACGCUCGAGGCCCGAGCGCGGUGUCCUAGUCCAGAAGAUAGGGGGUGA